AGUAUACUCUUCCUGGAGAUCGAAGAUUGCAUCAUUGAAUAUAUAUAUACAUAUAUAUGUGUACACACACACACACACACACACACACAGCCACAUGUGAUUAUUUUUAUCUGUGUUGUGACUGGAGCACUAACCAAUAAUCAGGCUGCUGCAUUCUUAAGCAACUGAAGCUUCUGAAUGGUUCUCACAUAGAGAGGAUUCCAGAACUGAUACUGGCAUCUAUCACAGAAGUGAGGUCUUCCUGCUCCAGGUAGGUAUGCAGCUGUUGCCCCAAAGAAGCUGGGCAAAAGUUCACCUAGCCAUGUUCUCCACUUACUCAUGAAGCAGUAGCCUUGAGUUCAGAAGGAUCCAUUCAUCCCUUCCUUUCAAGAGUGUCAUAUCAUUGAACAACAACAUUGAAACUGGCAGAAAACCUCAACUACAACUCCAUUUUGUAGUAUUCCAUCAUGCCCUGUUUUCUUCCAACCAGAUUGUCAAAUGUCAAGAGAUUAAUAGUCAGGGAUAAUGAUGCACAGUGGUCUUAAAUACCACCUAAAUUCUAAGUCUAAAGAGCUGGAGAAAAGUCCUACUUCUUCUCAAGUCCUAAAACUAAUGCAGAAGAGUGGCCAAUGCUGUCUCGAGUCAGUUCUUCUCAGACUGAGAAAAAUUCACAUAAUCUGCUUCAUCUAGGCUGUUCUAGUAUUAUCCUACAAUAAUGGUCUGAGUAAUCUUUCCUAACAAGAGAAGUUAGAGAACAGGAAAUAAUUGUGAAGAAUGGGGGUAUCAAAAAAAUCUCUAGUCUCCUUCAGGACUGCAAGUACCAUGUUCAUGUCCCUCCCAAACUGAGACAGUGAUUACCUCUCCAAACCAGAUUUUUAUCUCCCACCCAUCCAUGCAUUCUGCAGUCAUUUGUGCCUAACAUAGAGGCAAGGAGGUUCAUAAAAUCAAGCUCUCAAUUCACCAAGGACAUACCAGAGAGCAACCUAUCACUUCACUGAGGUUCAUGGUCUAAUAUGAAUCCCAGGAAAAAUGGUAAGACAGUGCACAGCUACCACUUUGGAUUCUACUUAUGAGCAGUCAACAUAAUUUAAAUUUGAAUGACUCUGUUGGAAAAGUGCUGUGCAAAACUAGUCAGAUAGGAAGUUCCCAUUUGCUAGCAUCCUAGAUGGGAGUUGGCCAUUAUGCAAAAGGAUAUCACAUGACAGCCUAGGAUGCAAUAAAGCAAUGACACGUUUUCACUUAUCACCACAGUUUAGGCUCAUGCUUGAACUCAGUCUGUGUUCUGUCAGGCUCACUUGCUGUUGACGGAUAUUCCCAGAGAUUAAUGCAGUAUUCAACUGUCACCUAUAAUCAGAGCCCAACUCCCAGGAUUACUUGGAGAGACAUUGAUCAUGUUGGCAGGAUUUUCUAACAUGUUGCCUUGUUUAAGAGUGACACAUUGUAUCUUUUAUGUUGUUUUUUAUUCGUUACAUUGAUGUUUUCCAUCUUUAAGCAUUAAGAUGUUAUUUAUUUAUUUCUUUACUUAUUGCUAAAAUUUUACCUUUUCAGGUUAUGAGAUCAUUGGAGAAUAUACCUGAAGGAUCAGGGAUGAUUGUUUAUUACCAUGGAGCUACUAUUUUAGACUAUGCCUUAUUUAUAGCUCAUUUUUAUACAAAAACUGGGAGAUUAGUCCGCUCUGUGAUUCAUUAUGGCCUGUAUUUAGUACCAGGAAGAAAUUAUUUGUUUUUGAAUGGAUUUCUUUUUAUAUAGUCUGAUUUCAAACAUGACUGUGGAAAAUAUAUACUGUACCUUAAGAAAUGAAUUUACAAUCUGGUCAACAUACAUUUUAGAAGGAUGUGCAAGCUUUAUGGUAUAUCCCUUAACUUUGUUAAUGAUUGUGAUAAUAUUAUAUUAUCCCUUUGUUCAUGUAUUUUUUAACAUCUAUGUCAGUAAUGCAAUACUUUUUGUAUGGAAAAAAAUUGGCAAUCUGCCAGAAGAUAUAAGUAGCCAAAAAUGGGACAAGCCAAAGCAAUUUAUGGCACUGGCAGCUGACUGGCAUGGAAAAAUAUUGCACAGUUAUGAGGUUUCUGGACUAGAAAAUCUACCAAAAGGACCAGCGAUCCUUGUUUAUUACCAUGGAGCUGUACCAAUUGACUAUUAUUAUUUUAUUCAAAGGAUUUAUAGACUCACUGGGAGAUUAUUCUAUUCUGUGAUAGAUCAUAUUAUUUUUCAUAUACCAGGAAUACAUCUAUUCCUCGCUGUCCAUCACACUAAUCAUUCUACAAGAGAAAAGUGUUUAAACAUUUUGAAACAAGGGCAUGUACUGGGAAUUGCACCAGGAGGAGUACGAGAGCAAAAUUAUGGAAAUAACUACUAUAAACUAAUAUGGGGAAAACGGAAAGGAUUUGCUCAUAUGGCUAUAGAUGCAAAAGUGCCAAUCAUCCCUGUAUUUACACAAAACAUUAGAGAAGGAUAUAUAACAUAUGGAAAUAUAAGACCAAUGAGAUGGUUAUAUGAGCGAACCCGAUGGUUUAUCUUUCCAUUAUAUGGAAUGUUUCCAGUUAAACUUAUAAGCCAUAUUGGAAAACCAAUUCCAUAUGAUCCAGAUAUAACUCCUGAAAAAUUAGCUGAAAAAACUCAAAGGGCAAUGGAGGCUUUACGGGACAAACACCAGAAAAUCCCAGGAAGCAUAUUGCAGGCUCUUAGGCAACGCUUUGAGACACAUAACAAAGAUAAAUAGUGAUAAAUAGUGACAACCAUAAUCUCUCUAUAUAAUAUAUAUGUAUAUAUAGAUGAUAUAUGUGCUUGUGUAAUGCAAGUGUUUCCCAAGGCACUUUUCUUAAAAAACAAUGAAGAGGCAAGAUUAAGAAGGAGCAAGAAUAUAUGUUUAUUUCAACAUAUUUAAAUCUCCAACAUCAGAUUAAAUUUCAUUUAAAUAUACCAAAGCGUUACAUCAUGGUAUUUUCAUAUCCUUACCAAUUAUGUUUGAGAAAUCCGGAUGAUCUGGCAAAUGACCAAAGGAACCAACUGUUAUUCCUAUCUUCAAAAAAAUGGAAAACGAAAAUACAACAAGACAUAAACUAGUCACUCUGACUUUGAUACUCUGGACAGUUUUAGAACAUAUACUGUGAACAUAAAGAGAUUUAUAAUUAAACAUAAUUGUCAGAAACUUGACUUGCCUUAUCUAAUAAUUUUUCAGAUAACCUCCUUACUAGACUGUAGCAAUUUUGUAAAGAUAAUAUAGCUUGAUUUUUUUUUUCAAAGCAGGUGACAGAAUUGUUCAUUCUGACUAGCAGGUUAUCACAGUAAUAUAUAGGCUGCAUGGAGAUUAAUUGACUGCAAUGAGUUUGAGUUUACCUAACUGAGAUGUGAUGCUAGGAGAAAACAUUGUUUCAUAUUGUUUCAUAAUGUGCAAAUUAUGUCAUAUAAAAUAUUUUACAUGAGAAAUGCUUUCAUUUUGUUUAGUAUAUUCUGUGUAAUGGUUAUGUAAUACAUGACAUGUGUUCUAAUACAUAUUUAUCCUCC